AUGAGUUAUGUUAAAUGUAUGAGCGUAAAUAAAGUGAUUCAUGAGAAUAAACUGAACUUUACGUUCGUAGAUUUUUUUAUUUAUGAAGAUAAAUGUAAAAGUAAAACAGAAUGUAAUAAUAACGAUGUUAAUGAUAAUAAAUGGAAUAACGAAAAGAGUUGUGAGUACGAUGCAGACGCAGACCUAAAAAAUGGACAACUGAACGGAAAUAAUUUUUUUUUAUCUCUUAUUCACAUGUUAAAAAAAAAAUAUGAUUUUUAUAAUUAUUAUUAUGGAAUAAUAGAUAAGAGCACUUCUGUAAAAUUUAAUAAGUAUAGUAUAUUUUUAUUAUUGUUAUUAUUAUUAUAUAAAAAUGCUAAUUGUAAUAAUAAUAACCUUUUUUUUAAAAUAAGUACGCAUAGAGAAGGAAAAAAAGAAGGAGGAGGAAAAUUAUUAAACAAUUGUGCUAAAAAGGAUGAAAGAAAGGAUUAUAAUAAAAAUUUAAAACGAAGUAAAUUUUCCAUAUGCAAAAAUGAUAAAAAAAAAUUUAAUUAUAGGGAAAAUGAAAAUUUCAUUUUUUGUAUAAAAAGUAGUAAGUGCAUAAAAAUAAAAAAAAAAUAUAUAUAUUAUAAGAGAUCCAGGAAAAAGAAAAAUGUAUAUAUACGAACUUUAUGCUUAAAUAACGUGAAAGAAACCUGUUCAUUAAAAAAAAGAGAUGAGAAUAUAAUACCAUAUGGACGUUUUUGGAAAGCAGUUAGUGCAUGUAGAAAUUUUGUACGUAGGACAACUCACAUGUUAAAAAGAAAAAAUCUUAUGAAGAAAUAUGUUAUAUCAGUGUCUUCAAUGAAUAUUUCAUAUAUUAGAAAUUAUAUCAAAGCAAAUGAUGUAUUAUUAAUUAAUCCUGGUUUAAAGGAUUUUAAUUUAGUAAAAGGGUUUCAUGAAGGUUUAUAUUCUAUUUUUAGUUAUUCAAGUAUAUGUACUCAGAAUAUACAUAUACCAUAUUCUUAUAUGGUAGGUCAUUAUAUAUGCAAUAACAGGAAUAUUGUUGAUAAGAAAGAGAACUACUUACUACUACAUUAUGAUUAUUUGAAGUUUAAAAGAAAAAAUGGUAUGUUAGACAAACAAAACAUAUUAAUUUUACUGGUAAAAAGAUAUAGUACGGAUGAUAUUUUUAUUUUUUCAAAUUGUAAAAAUGAUGGAAGAAGGGAAUUACCGCCAAUAGCGUUAUACAAGGUUGAAAAGAAUGAUAGCAGAAUAAUCUUGUAUUGUUCUAAUUAUAAUGAAUGUCAUUUUAACAGCGUUCGAAUGGAAACAUUACUAUGUUCAAAUUUGAUGGAAGUAACCGCAUUACGGAUCGUGGCUAUAAUAAAGAAAAUGGAAGUGAGAGUAAUGCAAGUUAUAUAUAUAUCUCAACUUAUCGUUAAAACGAUAGUAAUAAUUAUGGCUAAAGUGAUGUCAAGAAUUAUAGAGACAGUUAUUGCAACAUUUAUUGCGACAGUUAAAAGAAGAAUCAUAACAAAAAUGUAUGUCGCUGUUCACUCAGAAAAUUGUCUUAAAUUUGUUCGUAAGUGUAAUGUUUUGAACACUACAAAAAUGAGUUUUAACAAGAAAUAUCCUGUCGAACUCUAUACGUACGUUAACAAAUAUAGAAAAUUUUAUAAAUUCUCUGAAAAGAGAAAAUACAGUAAUAGAAUAUUUCACACAAUAUAUAGCGUAACAAUAUUUCACUUGCACAAAAACAGACUAAAUAUAUUAUUCCAUGAUUCAAAUAAUGUAAAUGCAAAAAAAAAAAAAGCUAAUAUUUAUUAUUUUUUUAAUCUACCCUAUAUGAAUAUAUUAUGUAUGAAAUUAGUAUAUAUAGACAAGGUGGAUUAUGUAAUAUAUAAAUAUAACGAAGGUUUAAAAAAAAGCACAUAUCAUCUAUGUAUUAUUUGUCAGUAUAUUGCACUAUUAACAAGUAUUAAUUUAAUGAAUAGGGAAUUAGUAAGAAUACGGACUUGUUUUGAGCGCAGUAAUAUAUUUUUUCCAUUAUUUUUUAUUAUAUAUGGAGCAAGAACUGUGUAUUCAUGUUAUAUUUCCUUAUUUUUUAAUAUAUGUUCAGCGUAUUUAAUCAAUGGUAAAAUUUUAAAUUUUCUUGCAUUUCUUCGAAGUUUACUAGUUCUUUCGUGUAAAUGUACCACAUAUAGUGAUAACGGUAAUAAAAGCAGUAAUAAUAGUAAUAAUAAUGGAAAUCAUAAGAGCAAUAUUGAUAACGGCAUCAAUAGCAGUAGCAAGAGCGGUCGCUGUAAUAGUUGCAACGUCAGUCGAAGUAACAGCAGUAGCAAUUUUGUAAUAAUAGCGAUAUGUAGGAUACUCUUUUUUUUUUGUAUUAUUUUCCAUGUUGUUAAUAUUGUUAUGAUUUUGAUUUUUAUUUGUGUUUAUUUUAUAAAGCAUUUUUUAUUAUUUGUUCUUUUUUUUUUGUUGUUAAUGAAUAAUAUUAAUUUAGAUUUAUUUUUUCAUUAUAUAAAUGAUUUAAUCAAUUAUUUUUCUUUAUUGAAAAAUAAAGAAGAAUCAAAAGAUUUAUGUGAUUUAAAGAAUUAUUUAUGUUAUAUGUAUAUUCCUUUUACAUAUCUUAGUGCAUUUAUUGAAAUUAAUUUUAUUUGUAUUUCGUGUUUAUGUAAAAAAUAUUGGUGUUUAUUAUAUUUUGUAAAAAAAAUAAGUAAAAAUUCUGUGAAUUGUACUACAUUAAAAAAUUAUUGCGUGUUCAUAAUAUUUAUUUUUUUUGUAAUUUAUUUAAUAUCCGCCAUUUUAUGUAAAUACCUCUUCUUAAUACAUUUAAAUAAGAAGGCUGAUAUUAUAUUGUACUAUAUUUUACUUAAGAAAAGAAGAAAAAAUGCACUGCUUAUGUUUCCACUACUAGUUAAUCGAAUCACUUAUACAAUAGAGGAAUGUACGGAAAAAAAUUUUAAUGAAUCCUUUUUAUUUUAUUAUUGCAUGAUUUGUACAGGCAAUUUAAUAAUUCGACAUAUGUAUAACAUUGAAAUUAAAAGUAAAAGAAGAAAAAAUAUACUUGAUGAAAAUGCUGUAUAUUUGUUACAAUAUUUAUAUUAUAAUUUAUUAAUGAUGAUGUGUGCAUGCUUAUUUUAUAAAAGAGUAAGUGUUAAACUGUAUAGUUACAUUGAUGAAAAGGAAAUUACCAAAGAAAUGUACAAGUCUAUAUUUUUAAAGCAAGAAUUAAAAGUUGUGAAGAAUGAAAAAAUGUUAAAUAGCAGUUGGAAGAAGGAAUAUAACAAUCGUGCAUAUCUUUAUAAUACUGAUAGUAAGGAUGAGAAAAAUGUGGAUGGUAGCAUUAAUAACAGUAGUAAUAGCGGUAAUAAUAAUAAUAUAGGUAGUAAUAAUAAUGGGGAUAAUAACAAUUGGGAAAAUAACAAUGGGUAUUAUAAUAACAAUAAUAAUAAUAAUAAUAAUAAUAAUAAUAAUAAUAAUAACAAUAACAAUAAUAAUAAUAAUAAUAAUAAUAGUAAUAGUAAUAAUAGUAAUAAUAGCCAAUUGAACGGAGAAGGUAACAGGGAUCAUCAUGAUGAUGAAGAUGGAAAAAAGGGGGAAGGUAAUGAUGAUGAUAAUAAAAAUAUUGAUGAAUAUGAUGAAAAUUUGAUGGAAAAUCAGAAUGGAAAGAUAAGAAAAAGAAGGAAAAAAAAAUUAAAUGACAACAGUAGAAAUAUUAAUAAAGUGAGCAAUGGAAAAAAGGGAAGAAAAAAAAUGGACCCUAUAAAUCUAAAUCAAGAGGAAAAUAAUAUCUUGAUAAACAAUUUUUACAAUAUGAAGGGUAUGAAUUAUAUGAAUACCAUUGGAAAUAUGAAUAAUUCCUUUUUAUUAAAUAAUGAUAUAAAGGACAAAUUUUUGAAUGAUAGCAUGAACAAGUCAGAUAUGAAGGCAAAUAAUUAUCCUAAUAAAAUGACGAAUGAGUUGAAUGGCCAAAUGGGUAACAACAAUAUUAAUACGUAUUUAAACAAUCGAGUAAAUAUAUCAUAUAUGCCAAAUUAUGCUAAUCAAAACAGUUCCCUUCCUCAUAAUAUGAAUAACAAUAUUAUGUGUUCCAUGAACAAAGCAAUGAAUCACCAAAUUAACAUGAACAACGGUUUUAGAAAUAAUAUGAUGAAAAAUAAUUUUAAUCAAGUAAAUAGAAUGAUGACAAACGUUGUAAAUACACAAGUCGGUAAUAGUAAUAUAAGCAAUAAUAUGAAUAAUUAUAGUGUUCAUUUAAAUCAGCAGAAAGUUAAUAAUACGAAUUCUCUAGCUAGCAGUAAAUUAAACUAUCAUAUAAAUAGUCAAAUGAAUGGGAAUAAUUUAUCCAUUAAUAUGAACUGUCAUUUAGGUAAUACUAUGCACAAUAUGAAUAACUCAGUAAGUAAUGAUAUGAAUAUGCACAUGGAGAAUAAUAGCAUUAAUAGUAAUAGCAAUAAUAGUAAUAGCAAUAAUAGUAAUAAUAAUAGUAGUAGUGUAAACAAUAAGAACAGUAUGAAUGUGCAACAAUUAGGUGGUAAGAUGAACAUCAACCCACUAAAUAGUCAUUUGAGCAGUCAUAUGACCAACAAAAUGGUAAACCAAUUGGGUCAUCAAAUGGUUAAUCAAAUGUCAAAUAAUAUGGCAAAUCAUAUGGCAAAUCAGAUGAGUAAAACGCUAACCAAUCCAAUGCAUAUAAACAACAAGCUGAACAGUGGUGUUAAUAAUAAAAACGGCCAAGUGGAUAUAAAUUUAAAUAAUCAUAUGAUGAACCAGAUUAAUAAUUAUAUGGUGAACCCAAAUAUGAACCGAGGUGCAUUACCGAACAAUAUGAGUCAUGGAAAUUUACCGAGUGCGAUGAGUACAAAUAAAACGAAAGACACUGUUAUUAGUAACAAUAUGUUUAGAAAUAAUAAAAGAUUACGUGAUUAUUUAAUGAAUAAUAAUAAAGUAACUCAGAGCAACCUAACUCAGAAUAAUAUGGUAAAGGAAGAUUUAAGAAAUAAUAACAUGAUGAGUAUUAAUAUGAUGAACCCGAAUAUCGUCAGUAUGAAUGGAAUGAGCAACAUUAAUAAUUAUAGUGGUACGAAUAAUAUUAGCAGUAUGAAUAAUAUUAGCAGUAUGAAUAAUAUUAGCAGUAUGAAUAAUAUUAGCAGUAUGAAUAAUAUUAGCAGUAUGAAUAAUAUUAGCAGUAUGAAUAAUAUUAGCAGUAUUAAUAAUAAUAGCAGUAUGAAUAAUAAUAGCAGUAUGCAUAAUAAUAGCAGUACGAAUAAUAUUAGCAGUACGAAUAAUAUUAGCAAUGUUAAUAGCAUGAACUAUUUUAAUAGCAUGAAUAGUAUGCAUUCAAUGAAGUUUGCGGUUGAAAAAUACCCAAUGAAUAAAAUGAUGCAAAAUAAUAGUAUUAGCAGUAUUUAUCACCACAACAGAAACAACAGCAGUGGAUGCAACAACAGUAUUAACAAUGUCAUGGGUAGAGAAAUGAAUAACGGAAUUAACAACAAUAUGGGGUUAAUGAGUUAUUCGAAUAGGAACAAUUUUAUGAAUAAGAAUAUGAAAAAUAUGAAGUUGGAAAAUUAUGGAUAUGAUCAUAUGUCGAUAAAGAACGAGCAAAUGACACAAGCAGAUCCACUACUUACAAACAUGAAUAAUGCAAAUGCCAUUAAUAAUACAAAGAUUUUAUUAAACAGUAAUAAACAGUACGAGAAAAUGCUUAAUGGUAAUUAUAUAAUGAAUGAAAGCAACAUCAUUAACAACAACUGCAGUAACAACAUUCCAGCUAUUCAAGUAAAACAAGGUGCUGGUUCUAUUAGCAACAGUAUUAGCGGUAGUAACGUGGACAUUGAUAAUAUCGGCAGAAAUAGCAUUACGAAUGAGGAUAAAAACGUUAGCGGAAACAGUGGAGGGAAUAACUACAACUACUAUUACAAUUGUAACAAUACUCUUAAUAGCAAAAAGAAAGACAAGAAUAAUCUGAAGAACGGGAAAGACGAGGAUUUAAAUAACAGUCAAAAUUUAAGAAGCGUUAAAAUUAACUGGAGCAAAUAUGAUAACAUUUUUAAAAAAAUAAACUUAGAAAAAAAUUAUGAGGGUCUUAUAAAUGAAGAAGAUAAUAUGUCAGAUGCUGAUAUAAUGGAUAAAACAGAUGUAGAUGAAAAAGUGGAUUGUGCGUAUAAUGAUUUAUUAAAUAUAAACUUUAAAACAUUUAUUCGAGAUUACAAUGAGGUGUUGGAUAAAUUGAAUUUAAUUAAAUUAAAUGAUAAAAAUAGUUUUAAAAAUAAUGCAUACACACAAUUAUAUGAAGAUAUCUUUUUAAAUAUAGAAAAAUUUUUAGAUAUAUCACAAUUAAAAUAUGAAAAUAAUUUUACUCAUACUAAUUUUUAUAAAAAUAGCUUAAGUUGUAAUAAAAGAUGUAAUAGUAGUAAUGCUUGUGAUAGUGGUAAUAAUAAUAAUAAUAAUGGCAUAGCAAAAGUAGCACAAGAUUCUAAUCUUGUUGGUAAAUGUAAGGCUAGCGAUGCAUCGUGCAAAAUUAUGGUAAAUAAGAAUAGUAAAAGGGUGAACAUAGUUGAUGAUGAUAACAGUACAGGUAAGUUUAACUUUUUUCAAAGUGUAUCAAUGAGUGCAAAUAAUAACAACCUUUUCGAGGAAUUAUUAAAAAAAAAGAAGCACUUUGAUGAAAUAAGCCUAAAAAACAAUAUUUUGGAUUUACCUUGUGAAAGGAAGAAGGGAAUAACGAGUAUAAGCGAGUUCGUGGAUAAAAAUGUUUGCCCUAGUAGCAUCCCGUUAUCCACGGCAAUGAACGCGAUGCAGAGUCAAAGCUUUGAUUACAACAAUGUUCACGGUAAUUAUAGGAAUAAUGAUAGCAGUAAUUAUAACAACAAUGAGGAGUGCGUCAUAGCAGUCAGUCGUAACAAGGAGAUAGACCAUAUAAAUGAAAACAACAAUGUCAGUGUAGCUAAAAGGAAUUGUAGCGAAAAUAAAAAUGCAGAAUAUCAAAACCUAUUUAUAGAAAAAAUAUUAUCAAAAAAAUAUAGAACGUAUUCUAUAAAUGAAUUUGUAAAUGUGGACCUAAAUGAUGAUUUACAAGAAUUAGUUCGGUUAUAUAAAAAGAAUUUAUGUUGCAAUAUGAUGAGAAUUCUAAAGAAAAGGAUAAAGUACAAAAAGCAGAAUGACUGGUUUGAAGGUAGAAGUAGUGGUAUAAGAAGAUUGUUAGGAGGAAAAAGACGAAAAAUAAAAAAACAUGAACUGUUUGGAAAAAAAAAAAAAAAAUUGUUAAGUAAACAUGAAAAACUUGAUAUGAAUAAGCAAGUGCAGUCCAAUGAAGAAUUGAAAGAUAAAAUGAAUAUAUCGUUAAUAGAUGACAUAAACAAAAAUGAUAAUAUAAAUGAUAAUAUGAAUGUUAAUAAAAAUUUCCAUGAAAAGAAAAAUAUUUCUACGGAUAAUACGCACAAACCACUCUUUUCCUUUAGUGCAGGAUGUCCAAGAAAGAAAAAACAAAUGGAUGAUACCAUUAUUAAGGAUAAUGUUAAUGAUAGUAUAAAAUAUGACAACAACAGUUAUGCUUCUUUAAAUGCUCAGAUAUUUGAAACCAAGUUAAAGAAUAAUUUGGCCCUUGUGGAGGAAGAAUUAAAUGAAAAUAAUUUAGCAGCUAAUUGUGUGAAGAAAGUUAAGAUAAAAAUGGAGGAUGAAGAUAAGGCAGAAGUAGAAAUGGGUUCAGAAAAGGAGGCUUACGUAGAUACAAACGAAUAUGCUACUAAUAGUGUUAAUAAUAAGAUGUCAAACAAACAUUUUUUUAGUUUUUUUCAAAACAGAGGGAAACCAUUAAAGCAUUGUGAGGAAGAAGAUGUAAAUAAAAGCAAUAUUGCUUGUAGUGAAGAUAAGAAGAAGGAAAAAUAUAAUGAUGACAUAAAUGUAUAUAUUGAAAAGGAAAGUAUGAGAGGAGAUUUUACACGAAACAAUAAAGAAUUUAAAGGAAAGAUAAAAAUACAAUCCUUUAAUUUGUCAAUUGUUAGAUAUAAAGAUAAAAUAUGUGAAGAUAGAAGGAGGAGAGUAAUGAAUAAUUAUAAAGAAUCAAUGAACAUGAAAUACAAAACUAAUGCAAUUAUAGAUUUUGGGGAGAAAAUUGUUUGGAUUACGAUCGAAUUUAAUAACUUAGAUACGUUAAGAGAUAUAAGAAAUAAUAAUUUAAUUUCUAAUUAUUUGAAGAGUAUAGAAAAUAUGAACGAGUCAGAAAUGAUGUUUGAGAAAUAUAUUACAGAUGAGAUGAAGAAAUAUAAAAAUUUGAAAAUAAAGUUUUAUAAAUUCUUGAGUUAUUAUGAUUUUGUUUUUUUAAAAAAUAGGUUAAAUUUUGUUAUGAUAAAAUAUAAAAAGAAUGAUAUAAAUGAGAAUAAGAAGCUUGUAUAUAAUGAUGUAUAUAAGGAGUAUAUGAACACUACUACUACAGUGUCAUAUCCUAAGGGUGAUCUAAAAAUUAAUGAGUGUGAUGUUGGGAAGGAAGUUUUAUUUGAGACUAUGGACAAGAUAGUAGGUCUAAAAGGGACGAUGAAUAGUUGUUCGUUGAAUGAAAGUAUUAACUGUGCAUAUGGAAAAACAGACAUAUUAAACGAUACUAAAGAUUAUAAUUUGCAGAAAGGUAGUGGUAUAAUCGAAAUAGCAAAUGGAAGGAAAAUGGAUUCUUAUGAUUAUUCUUCUAGGAAUAGUCCGUUAUAUGAAGCAAAAUGUAUACUAGACGGUGUCGUUAAGGUGGAGGAAUACUCGGAAUGUGUUGGAAAAAAGAACCUUAUUUUAAGGAAUGAUAAAGAAAACCAUAUAAAGAUGGAGCGGAAUAGUAUGAACGAAAAGGAUUACUCACACAUGACUAUCACAAAUAGUGAGCAUAAAGAAGCUAAUAAGCUUAAUCAAAUAACUGAGAAAGAAAAAGAAAUGAAGAAUAAGACAAAGAAGUAUAUGAUGAAAAGCAAUUUAAAUAGAGAUAUAUCUCUCUUUCCUUUGAUAGAUAAGAAAAAAUUAAAUUCUUUUAUUAACCUCAAUUUAAAUGUAGGUGUUAAAAAUGAACAUGUUGAAAGUGUGGAAAAUGGUGGUAGGGGAGAGAUAAACUUUCUUACCGAUUAUUUGAAUAGAGGAAUGAAAUUAGAAAAAGCAUAUUUUACAAAAAUGGGACUAACGGGGGGAGUAGGAGCAACAACAGCAGCAACCAUAAGUGCGGCAUCUGUUGGUUGUUUUGCUGAAGGGCAGGACACCAUAAAAAAUAGUAUAAACAGUGAUAGGUGUUACAAUUAUAAUAAUUCUGUACUAAUAGAUAACUGCUUAUGGUCUAACAACCCAUACUUAUUUAAUAUUUUUGAAAAAUAUUAUUUAAUAUUAAAGAUGCAGAAAUAUAUACUGCAGUAUAAGCACUACUCAACAAAUAAUAUAAAAAGGAAAAUAAGCUCAGAAUCUAAUUUUGAUUUGUAUUCCAGUUCUCAUUCUUUUAAUUGUUUGUCAACAACAAAUUUAAGAGGCCGAAGAAGAAAUAUAAAAGGAAAAGAGGAAAAAUUAAUUGAAGCUAUUAUUCUUUAUAAAAAUAAUAAAAAGAUGUCUAGCCGCAAAGGAGGGGAAAGCCUCGGAUUUAAUAGCAACGGUACUGCUCCGAGGAAAAGAAUGAGAGCUGCAGGUGCAUCAGUCAACACGGGAAAUAAGGACAAUGCUAAUAAAACGUUCAUGGUGGAGGGUAAGGAAACGUUAAUGCUAAAUGGUAACAGUAACAAUAGUAAUAGUUAUAAUAGCAAUAGUAAUAACAACAUGACGAACGUGUCGACUGUACGAAAUAUGAACGUUGUAGAAAAUAAAGACAGAAAAGAAAAUAUCGAAUUUAUGCUUUCAAAAGAGGGAGAAGGGAAUGGACUAUUUAAUAGCAUCUCUCCUGAUGAUUCGUCCGCCAAAUUAUGCCAUUAUAGUAAUAGCAAUUUUAAGGAAAUUAAUAAAACAGAAAGCCCCAACAAAAGUCAUUUAGAUGAGGAUGGUAUAUCCAUGAAUAUAUCAAAGGAAGAGAGUGAUGAACUAAUGAAAAGCAGUCGGUACGUGACAAAGUAUGAAGAUGAUGAUGAAACAGUUUUUAUGGGGAAUUCGCUUAGAAGCAGUAAUCAAAUGGAAGCAGAUAUGGUGGAAAAUGAUAACAGCAUAGUUUGUAAUAAUAUGAAGAAAGAUGUUAAAAUGGUAAAGCAAACCCGAAUUAGUAGCAACAGAUCAUAUAAUAGGAAAAAUUAUGCUUCGCUAGUAGGCACAAAGAAAGAAGCCAAUUAUGUUAAGGAGGAAGCAGAAGAUGCAAAUACGAAAAAGAGAAGAGGAAGGAAGAAGGGGAAAAAAAGAGGUAGAAAAAAGGGAGUAAAAAAUAAAAUUAAGAUGACCGAAGAGAAUGGUAAUAACAAUAAUAAUGGUGUUACUUACGUAAAUAAUAAUGAAAAUAUUAUCGGAAAUAAUAUCGGUAGUCAUAGGGAGGGUAGACAAAGGAGCAAAUCAGCAAAAGAACGAGAUGGACAACAGGAAAAGGACGAAGGAAAUGAAGAUGAGUUACAUAAGGAAAACGAAAUAUUAGAGAGUGAAAUUGUACCGAUUGAUAAAGAUAUUGUAAUAGAUUUAUUAUGUGAAGAAGAGAAGUUAAUAGAUAGUUAUAUAAACAAUUCUCGCUUUGUGGACAAAAAUUUGAUAUGUUUAUUAUUAUAUAUGAACAAUGUUCAGAAAAAGUUAAGUUGUAUUUGUAAUAAAUUAUUAAAGAAAGUUAUAAAAGAAAAUAAAAUGCCAAUGCGAAUUAGUGAUAAUAUUAAAAAGAGCGAUGAAAUAACAUAUAAAUAUAUAAUGUUUGAAAGGUGGAAUCAGUUGAGAUAUUCUCUUUUUUAUAAUAUGAAUCUUAUUAACAAUACAUUCGCUGCAUGUGAUAGUAGUAAUGGUAUUAAUAAUAGUAGUAUCAGUGGUAAUAAUAUUAAUUGUUCUCAACAAGUGUACAAAAAUAUAAAAAUAAACACUAUAUUUGAUCUGCAUAAAUUCGCCCUUAAAUAUAAGAAGCAGAAAUUGCCUCCUUUUGAAAAUAGUGUAUUUUUAAAAUAUAAAAUACAUAAACAGAAUAGAACUUCAAUUGUAAGUGAAAAUAAUGAUGUUGAUUAUGUCAACUACGUGAACGAAGAGGAACAACUAGCUACAUUUCGUAAUGAUGAAGACAAGUUUUGUGGAUUUUCAAAUAACACGGACUUGAAUAUAACCCCCGCCUUUUCCUAUUGCUGUGUAUGUUUUAAUGAUGAUUAUAACAGCAUGCAAAUAAGUGAGCAGGGGGAAAAUGUGCAGGCAUUGUCAAGGAACAAUUCUCUGCAGAAUUCCGCCACUGAGAAAAAAAAUGCAGACAUUAAUGCAUAUACAAAUGUGGAUACAAGUGUAUAUGCAACUGCAUCGGUAAGCGAGAAACUGAAAGAAGAAAUUAAUGGUAGGAAAGUCGACAUGUUAAGAGAUGUUGAAAAAGACAGAGCUGAUGGUACACGUGUAAAAAGUGAGAUCAGCUUGAGGAAGGAGCAAAAUAGUUAUAAUAGUAAUGGUAAUAAUAUGCCAGAAUUGAACUUUCGCGUAGGAAAGAACAAUGCGCAGGAUGCACUUCAUAUGGCUGGUUUGAACACAGGAAAUACGCAAAUCGCCAAGGGAGUAUCAACUACUGUUGACAAAAAUAAAAAGGACGAAGGUAAGGAUGGUGAUGGUAUUAAGAAGAACGAUGCAAACGAUAGAAAUAUAAAAGAUAUGAAGGAUAAAAAGACAAAUAGUAAUAGUGUGGAUAUGUCUGUAAUUGAGUUAAAUGUUAAGAGCACGCGAAAUAUGAUGGUGAGAUGUAGUAGAUGUUAUAUACAUGUUCAUAAAUUUUGUUAUAUUUCUACAAAAAAAUCAGAUGAUAAUAUUUUGAUCAAUUCACAAAAUAAUACAUCAGCAAAUAAUAAUAAUGAAUGGUUAUGUCAAAGAUGUGAAUUUGAAAAGAAAUCUUUGGGAAAUAAUUAUUUGUACUUAUUUGGUAACAAUGUUAAAUGUUAUAUAUGUAUAGAGAGAGGUGGAGCAUUUAUUCAGAUGAGUAAUAGUAGUAAUAUAUUUGUUCAUACCUUCUGUGCAAUGUUUUGUGUUCCUGAUUUAUUGGUUAAUACAGAUGUACAUCUAGACAAUUUUGAUGAAUUUUUAAAAUUAAAUAAUUUGUCAUUAAUGCAUGAAAUGUUUUCAAUUUUUCAAAAAAGGAAGAAAAAAAAUUUGCUCAAAAGAAAAGGAGUAGCAAACUGGCAGGAGGGGAAGUCUCACGGAAUUGGUAAGAGAGAGGUAGCCUAUAGAAUAGGAUGUAACCACACAUCAGCGAUUAGUGAUGAUAUAUAUAAGAAUAAUAAAUAUUCAACAAAAAAUGAAAAUAUUCGAAAUUUUGAUGAGAGUAAUAAUAAAAGUAGUAGUGUAGUAUGUUUUAAUACCGUAUGUGAAGAUAAUGAAAACAUAACUACUUUUACUAAUAACAGGAGUAACUGUGCUACUUCGAAUUUAUCCCAUUCGAAGGAGGACGUCCUGGUAGAGGGGAAUAACAUAAUUACGAUUGAAAAUACUGUAACUUCCACAGAUAAGUGUAAAAACAAAAACAGAUCGUUGAACUCCUUUUUUGCAAAAGGUUAUAUUUCGAAUGUAGGAAAGAGCAGAAAAAACAAUAUGCAGGACGAUGUAUUAAAAGGAAGGGGCACCAAAAUUUACGACUUCUUUUCCUUUAUAAAAAGGGAUGAUAAAAAAAGGACCAAUGAAAAUGCGAGUGAUAAUGAUAAUAAUUUGAAAAAACAAAAGAGAAUAGCAUCUAAUGAGAAGUUGUUAGAAGGAGCAGAAUAUGGAACGAAUGCAGCUUCGUUGUAUGGAGGAAAUGUUACCAAUUAUUAUAUAUCCAGUAAGGGUAUUAACCAGAACGGUAGCACGAAUGGUAGGGGUAGCACGAAUAAUGGGGUGGAUGCGGUAAAUAUUGGGGAAUGUAAACAAAUGAGUGCACAAUUACUGUUCGAAGGAACUGAUCUGCAAAGCAGAAUCGGGACAGAAGGGAAUGGAAGUAUGCAUCCUAACAAGAAUGGGGAUGAUAUAGGGCUAAAGGUUGAGAAGGAAAAGGCUGGUGCGUGGGGAAAUAUCAAAGGGGGACAAACACUUAGCAAGAAUAGUAAUAAUAACGUCAAUCACAAUAGCUGCAACAGUGAAGAUAAUAUCGUUGUAGAGAAGAACGAACAUGUUUCCUCUGACUGUGAGGAUGAUGAUUGCUCUUCUCAUUUUUAUUCGUCCACAUCUUCUUCAUUUUUUUCCAAAAUCUCCGAAUGUUCGGAAGCAAGUGCAUCAGAGAGGAGUAGAGAUGGGUUAAGAGUCUGUACGGAGAAAAAGAAGGAGUUUCAGAAUGAACUCAAUGUGCUGAACGGGUUGAAUAGGAAGAACACGCAGAAUAGGCAGCAUAAGCAGAGCAAUCGAAUCAAACGGAGUAGAAAGCUGGACAUGGUAGACUACAUGAAAGCACCCUACAUUUUAAAUGGGUAUAAAAAGGAAAUUACCAAAUGCGAUGUUUGUUUAAAGACGAAGGGAAUUUUUCUUAAGUGUCAAAAUAUAAGGUGCGAAAAAUAUGUGCACCCGUUAUGCGCAUUUAUGUGUGGGUUGUAUAUUAAGUGCAAAAAUUCAAAUAAAAAAUUUCUAAAAUUUCAAAAUAGGAUUGAUUAUUGUUUUCCGCGUAUCUUUUUUUUUGUUAAAUGUAUUUUUCAUUCUGUUAAAAAAUGUGGAGUUAUUAAUAUAUAUGAUCAGAUAAUUAAAAGGAGGACAAAAUAUUUAAAUAGGGAUCUUUAUCCAAAUAUCUAUGAAAAUAAUAAAAAAGAAAGAAAACCUAAAAAUUCGCUAAAAUAUAAAGUCCGUAAUAGUUCAAGUAAUUCAUAUAAUAAGAAAGGAGAUAUUUACGAAAUUCUAGCCUUCAAUUUUAAUUAUUUAGACCCAUAUCAGUAUAAUUUUUUUCUUCUUCCAUCCACUGAUUAUAUUAAGAAUAAUAUUUGUUUAGUCUGUUUUACUUCUCAUAAGAAAAAACAAUUAUUGUAUUGUAAAUAUUGUAAUAUGUGUGUGCACAAAACUUGUUAUCUAGUUGACUCAACUUCACUUGAAUAUCAUUUUUACAGAAAAAAAAAAAAGGUGUAUACAUUAUUAGUACAUACAAAGGAGCAAAAAAUUAAAAAAUUGAUUGUUCAAAUUAAAGAGAAGAAGAACACUUUGAGGAGAAUGCUCUAUGACCAGAAUAAUGUUAGUAGCGCGGAGUCGGUAAAAAAAAACAAUACUAUAGGUGCUGUAUAUGGUGUAACAGUUAAUCGAAUAACUGCACAGUUUGGAGUAGGGAGUGAUGUAUCAAACGGUGUGCGAGACGAUGUACUUCAAUAUACGGUACACACGCCAGAGGGUGAAAAGAACGUGGCUACACAAAAUGGAAAUGCAUGCAGGGAUAUCAUUGUGGAGGAAAAUAGAAAGAUGAACAGCAAAAAGUUGGAGAUGGAAAAGCGGGAGAAGGAAGAUGGUCCUAGUGGUAACAAAGAAACCAUGGAAGCUUUUGAUGAAAAUGUACGCAUUAUUACUAAUGCACCAGUAAAUACUGCUGUCCAGGGUGUAAACGACUCAGUUGUAGUAAACGAGAUUACGAAUUUGCAAUCUUUAGGAGAAGAUAAAAUGGUUAGUAGUAUGGGCAUAAUAAAUAUGGUGGCAAAUGAGAUAAAGGAGGGUGAAAAAAAUAAUAGACACUCUGACGAUAGUAAUAUAGCGGUUCCUGUUGAUGAUAAAAUGGGAAGAGGUGAAGAUACUGAGGAGAAAAGAAGCGAAGUUGUUGAGAAGGAAAGAAUGUUUAAGGAACUAAUACAAAACGAAAUUAACAAUAGUUUAUACACAGCUGAGCAUUACCGAAGUGUAGAUGUUGUUCGUAAGUUAAAAGAGUUCAAUAAAAGAUACAAUUAUAGUUGUCAUAAUUUAUGUCCGAAGUAUUUAAACGAAGAAGAAAAAUGCCUUACUGAUUUAGAAGAUAUUGAUGAAAAGAAAUUGUUUGUUUGUGAUUUGUGUGCAAAUAAUUAUAGCUAUGAAAAUGUGAACUGUAUUUUAUGUAGUAGGAAGGGGGGAGCUAUUAAAAUAAUAAAACUUAGUGAGUACAUGAAAAUAGACAAGAAUAAAAAUAAGAAAAAUAAUUUCUUGAAACAAGAAAAAGAUUAUGUAUUUGUACAUAUGCAAUGUGCAUUAUUUGCUCCUCAAAUUAUUAUACAGGAUAUAAAUGAAGAGUAUUAUCAGAUUUAUAAUUAUGAUAAUUUUUCUAUGAUUGAUUAUGAUGAAAAGGUAUUUAUGAAAGAGAAAGAUUUUCAAUCCGACACGGAGAUUAACAUUUUAAAUAAAGAUUACCACCAUGAUGAAAAGCAAAGUUUACUUAACGAGUUUUUUUAUAAGCAGUCGACAUAUGCUAGUUUUUUCAAAAAUGAGGGGAAAAUUCCACACAACGAAAAGGGGGGGAUAGUAACUGCGUGUUAUGGAGUUAGGGGAAGCAACAGUGGCGUUAGUAAUGGGGAAAGAAUUGGAGGAAAUAAUGGGGAUAAUAAUAAUCGCGUUGUUUGUCCAAAGAGUGCGAAUUGUAGUCAAAAUAACAAGGGGUACACAGAGGGGUCAGAAUAUGGCCAUUUAUCAAGAGGAGAGAGUAAAGAAGAAGAAGAGAGAAAUAGAAUAGGAGGGGAGGAUAUAGUAAUUGGGAUGGAUACACAUGUACGCUGUUCUACUAGUAUCGUUGAUGAGAAAAACAUAUUAAAUAAUAAUAUGAUGGAAGAAAGUCAAGUGAAUCCAUGUGUAAAUCUCAAUAUGGACAACAUUCACGCAGAACAAAAAAUAAAGAAGAAAUUAAGUUUUGUUACUAGAAAUGAAAAUUAUGUAAAUGAUGGAAAUUCCCCUGUUUUAAUGAACAAGGAAAAAAACGAUUGCCAAGUGACUGCGAUAAAUGUUUAUGAAAAGAACUACCCGAAGGUUAGAAAUUUCCCCUCCAUUUAUGGAAACAAUAUUAGCGGUAUUAAUAAUAGCGGUAAUCACAUCAGCGGUAAUCACAUUAGCGGAAAUAACAAUAGCAGUAGUGGAAGUUUCAGUUACAACAGUAAGGCAAAAGGAGGCAAUUUAGUUUUAUAUAAAAUAGAUAAGUACUCAAGAAGAGUGAAAAGAAGUAAAGAUCACCAUCAUCCACCUUAUGGAAAAGGGAGAAGCAGUAGUUUAAAUGAUAAAAGUAAGAAAGCAGUGGGAGGAGUAUCAGGUGUAGCAGCAGGAACAGCAUCAACAUUGUGUGGAAGGAAGACUAACUUAUAUUACUAUAAUUUGAAUAGAAAAAAGAAUAACUAUAAAAUAAUAAUCAAGGAUAAAUUAAAAAAAUUCUUGAAUAAAAACACAUGUUACAUUUGUAAUUUGACAUAUGGUUAUACACAUAAAUGUAUAGAAAAUACAUGUACUCAAUAUUUCCAUAUAUCCUGUGCCCGUGUUCAUAAAUUAUUUUUUGAGUAUGAUUACAAUUUUUUUAAAAUGCAUCCAAAUGCAACAACAAAUAUAGACAUAUCAAAGAUACCGAAUUAUAUUAUAUUCUGUGAGAAUCAUUCAAAAAUUAGAAGAAGAGUAAAACCAUCCAUAAAACUGUUUUCUAAGUUAAGGUCUUUCCUUGAAUUAGCUCGUAUUAUUGUAGAUCAGGUAAAAAAAAGAGAAGAUAUAAAAAAUGCUUGGAUAAAAGAGAGAUAUAAUAAGUUUUUAACAAUAGAUGAUCAUAAUAAUUAUGAUCAUACGAAAAGUAUUCAAGAACAAGAAGGUAGAAAGAGUACAUUAUUUCUUGAUGAUAAUGGACACCCGAAUUAUUUAAUGAUGAAUAGUAAUAGUAUGGAAGCAUAUAACCUAAAAAGUGAUUAUAACAUACUACAUAGUAGUAAUUAUAACAAUAGUAAUUAUACUAAUGGUUAUAGUAAUAAUAAUAAUAAUAAUGGGGAGGAUGGAAUUGAUAUGAUUAUUUGUAAAGACUUUCCGGAUGCAAAUUAUCAACACACAUUUCCUUUUGCUCAUAGAACUAAUAACAUGCUAAAUGAAAAUGGUGUAACGAUGAACAAUGACAAUGAUAUAACAACUAAUAAUGAAACUAAUGUGCUUAAUAACGAUUUACCUCCUCGGGGACAAGUAGUAGAGGAUAAUAAAAAUAAAAACAUAAGGGAAAAUGGAACUAGGGAUAAUUGUUCAAACAUACAAUACGAAUCAUCAGUAGGUUACAAUAUGGUGAAAAAUGAAAGAGAUGAAAAUAACAGCAUAAAGGAAAAUAUUAUGAAUGGAUUGCCUAGUGUUCAGAUGCAGGUGAAGUAA